AUUGCAGAGCCAGAUGCUACUGUUUUCCCUGUAACUCCACCUCUACCUGCAAAUUGUGGAGCAUCCUAUGAAUGGCUGGACAUCAUCGAAGGAACCCUCAAUUUCUGUGUGACAUUUUUUUUGGGGAGUGGCUCUUUCGGCGAAGUCUAUCGCUGCAACUUCAAAAGAAAUAACGAGGUUGGAGCUGUGAAGAUUCAAGCUCAUAACAACGAAACUGGUCAUAAAGAGUUCUUGGCAGAGGUUACAACGUUGCAUGAAGCUAAUCACCCAAACGUGAUUAAACUUCUUGGCAGAUGUUACGGCCGCAGAAACCGUGCUAUAGUUUACGAGUUCAUGCCCAAUGGCACUCUCGGACGCCACAUCUUUGAUGCUAGGCUGGGUCAGGUGCCUCAAGGAGGUCUAGAGCAGCCAACUCGGGUUUUGGAUUGGUCCACCAGGAUGAGGAUUGCGGAGGGUGUAGCUGAAGGUUUGAUUUAUCUACACGAUGUGCUUAAAGUGAUCUACGGGGAUCUUAACGUGGGCAAUGUGCUUCUGGAUUCUGACUUUGUGCCAAAAUUAUCUGGCUUUGGAUUUGCGACCAAUGUUAUCCAAGAUAACAGAGGUUUAGAGCAAAAUAACGAGCGGAUCAAGGGAACUCCAGGAUACCUGGCCCCGGAAUGCGAAUACGUUAAUUUAGUUUCCACUAAAUCAGACGUGUUCAGCUAUGGAGCGUUUUUGCUAGUGCUUUUCACGGGAAAAAACUCAUUUAGCACUGCUCAUAAUCUCAAGAUCUCAGACUGGUUUCUGCGAGUAUGGGCUAGGCUAGGGGAUGCCCCUGUGAUGACAGUUGAUGCUGCGCUUCUUAACACGUAUUCCGUCGAAGGUUUGAAGAGCAUAUUUCAGACUGCGAGGCUGUGUAUAAACGCAGAGCCACGUACACGGCCUGCCAUGCGUGAUGUGGUAACGAUGGUUCGUCAAGCUGCUGCUUUCCCGGUCAUAGUGGUACCCCCAGCUCAAAUUUCCCGGUUCUGUUAA